AUGAAGUGGGUAACAAGGGCGUCGAGAGUAGAGGAAAUGAGAGUGAGACGAGCGCCGCAGGAAAGAUGCUUCGCGGCCCAUCCAGAGAGGUACUUUAGAAAGCGUUGGAUGAUAGGUUCAAAAGCGGAGGACGAGAGGCGCUGCAGUGUGGGGCUGUGUGCCGCGCUACUACUACUUAACAAUAGUGUGGGGCUCUUACCCCAUGCUAUUGUUGUUCGGGAGGAGUUCCCGAACAACCGCCAGGUCGCCGCCUACCUCAAUGCCUACGCGCGCCGCUUCGGGGUGCUCGAAUGCAUCCGAUUCGGGCACCGCGUUGCCGGGAUGGAGUACGUCGGUGUCGCCGAGGAGGAGGUGGCGGCGUGGGACGAGUGGGCUGGCUGCGCUGACGCAUUUGGCUCUGGCAACGGCAAGUGGCGCCUCACGGUGGCCGACGCCCAGGGUCAGGUGCAGGUACACACGGCAGACUUUGUGAUUCUUUGUAUUGGAAGGUUCAGCAAUGUUCCCAACAUACCUAAAUUGCCUCCUGGAAAAGGCCCGGAAGCAUUUGAUGGAAAAGUGAUCCACUCCAUGGACUAUUCCAAAAUGGGUAGUCAGAAAGCUAAGGAGAUGGUCAAGG